CUGCUUAGGGACGAAAAACUGACAGUUGUUUUCCAAGCCUCGAAUCGAGCGGGAGUGUAGUUGGCGGGACUAGCUUGGAGUAGUAAACAUUCUCUAGUUCUGUGAGACAUUAAAACAUCCGCAGAGGAAACACACAUCUCUGCUAGCAACUUACUUAAUUUGCUCACGUGUGAAGUGUUCAACCCAUUGGACUCACGCUUGACCGUGAUUUGUUAGUGUCUUAUAUCAUGGAACAUCUGAGGCAAACUACUCUCAGUGAAUCAUCAUCAACUCAUCUCCUCUUCCAGUCGUCGACACUGGCACAAUCCCAUCCUAGGAACAAGAAUGAAAAACAACCCUAGUAGAUGCCAACUUAGAUCAAUUCAAACUAGAUCACAUAGUGUAUUUGUAACCAUAGCUAAUUCCCCCAGUGAGUGUGUUCUUAGUCAUAUAGAGACCCUUGAAUAAGCGUCCUACUUACUUGUUCAUCAACAAGAUCUACCUACAUGGUCAUGGAAAACUUGCGACAGGCUCUCUUCAACAUUCAUCGCGGAUCCAGUUCAACAACGACAAUGGCUGGACCAUCCUCCUCGCUCAGGGAAGAAGAAUGUGCCUCACCCUCGUCCUCAUCCUCUGAGGACUUAUUUUCUUCGGCCAUGUUGGUCAAUUCAAUAUCAUCAUCUGCAUCAUCUUUGCCAAUGGAAAUGUCCAAAGCAUCGAGUUCGUCCAGCAUGGAAGCAGCAUCAGCGACAGAAAGUCAAGAGACGUCAAAGUGCCCAUCAUUGAGUAUGGCCUCCCCGCAACGUGAUUCCUUCGAAAAGGCUUACAAGGUUGGCCAUGUGUUGGGCAAAGGCGGAUUUGGGAUCGUCUACGCUGGUGUUCGUAAUUCGGACGGUCUCCAAGUGGCUAUCAAACACAUUGCUAGGGCAAAAAUCAAGGAAUNNNUUCAGAUCAAUGGCGUCCGCGUUCCUAUGGAGGUGUGUCUUAUGAGCAAUGUCUGUCAUCUUCCCGGUGUCGUGAAUCUUAUCGAUUGUUUUGAGAGACACGAUUCCUACAUUAUUGUCAUGGAGAGACCCGAGCCUUGCAAAGAUCUCUUUGAUUUCAUUACUGAAAAAGGCAUGCUCGAGGAGGAGUUGGCUCAAAACUUCUUUCGACAGGUGGUCCAAACUGUCAUAGCCUGUCACAGGAAAGGGGUCAUCCAUCGAGACAUCAAGGAUGAGAACCUUUUAGUGGAUCUGAAAACCAUGAAACUAAAGCUGAUCGACUUUGGAUCAGGUUCUUACCUCCGCUCCGGCUUCUAUACGGAUUUUGACGGUACGCGAGUGUACGCUCCUCCCGAAUGGAUUCGGUUAAGCCGCUAUGGCGGUGAAGAAGCCACGGUGUGGUCUCUCGGGAUUCUACUCUUUGACAUGGUUUGCGGUGACAUCCCUUUUGAAACCGACGAGCAAAUAUGUCGAGCUGAACUGAGGUUUCGCUCGCGAUUAUCCCAUGAGUGUCAAGAUCUGAUCCGCAGGUGCCUUCGUGUUCAAGCCGAGCACCGCCCUACUUUGGAAGAGAUCUUGAAGCACCCGUGGCUUCGACACACGAGUGCCUCUGCUCCCUCCUCAUCGCUAUCCUCGUCGAUACCCUCCUUGGCAGGCACCUCUACAUCACCCCCCUCCUCUAUGCGACAUCAUCAUUCCCAUCUACAGCCGACUUCCAGACAACCUGGGUUACCAAUUCCUCGUCAUGUUCAUGCCAAGAAGACCCCCAUUGGGGGCGUUCAUCACCAAAGUCUCAAUUCAGUGGGCAGUAGUAUAUCCGGUUUAAUGAGCGCUGAAAGCAGUGCAGGCUCUACCCGCAUUCCUACGAGGACCACUCCCCUCCUGGGCGACUCCACUCGGAAUAAUGGCCUUCUACUCCGUCACCAUCAUCAGCAACACCAACAUCAACAUCCUCUCUCGGAAGCUGUGGCUAUGGACGUACUAGAGUCUUGUCACGACGAGUCGGUAGCAACAUUGACGUCCUCGUCACCCCCUUCACCUGCAAUAUCAUGCCGAGUCAAGGUGGAACAGAUGGAACAAUCUGGAGUUGCCGUUGAAGUGCCAUCCCCUGUCGAGGCUCUGCCGCUUUUGACUACCACUUGUAAUAGUAGCAAUGCCAGCUAUAGCACAUUGUAGCACGAACUACUUGAAGACCCCUUAUUACAUGAUUUCCAUCUAUUUAAGCCUUGUUUGCCCCUGUUUCUGUUUUUGGUUAUCAAUCGUAAUUUGGGCAACUUUUUGUGUGUACCUUCUUGAUAAGUCGACCGCUCUGUGCUCCAUGCUCGACAAAUGUCCCAAAGAGGCCAUUGUAAAAUAAAAUCAGCCCUAACAUUUGCCCAAGAUUCUUAAAAUCCUGUGGCGGCGUAUCGCUCA